ACGGUUUAAAAAGACCGUAACAACAGUCAACAAAGAGAACGGUUGAUUUAGCGGGACCUAAAAUCGUAGUCUAAUGUGUUGUUGAGAAGACUUUUUAAAAAUUCUUUUUGAAAGAUGCCCAAAAAGAGUGGAAAAAAGGGUAAGGGAAAAGGAAAGAAGAAGGCUAAGAAGACCAUAGCAGGGGCAGAGGACAUUGUUCACAGUCUCCUAAAAAGCUACGAGAGGAACUGUGGGCUGACAGAGUCCCAGAUAAGUCCUCGGAUCAAAAGUGCCCUGAGAGCCUGCAAGGAGAAUGAAACCGUUCUGUCAACAUUCAUCUUGGAGCCUGUGCCUUUGGAGAAGGAGGGAGACCUGCCGGUGCUGUUGGAACCACUGAUUGCUGCCUUCAGACAGGAGCGAUACAUCCACAUACAGGAUCUAUAUGUAUGGAACUACCCAAUGACGUACGAAAACAUGGCCACCGUGGCCUUGCUGUUGGAGAAAGGAUGUUAUCCCCUGCGGUACCUAGAGUUCCUGGACUGUCUCCUAGAGGGUUACUCCCUCCAGCGUUUGACCCGGUCAUUCAACAUCUGCUCCACCUUGACCUCUGUCACACUGGACUACAAUGAGUUUGGAGAUGAAGGGGCUCGCUGUUUCUGCAAGGGAAUGGAGGGGAACAUCACCUUACUCUCUGUUAGCAUGUGUUACUGUGAUCUGGGGGUAGAAAGCGGGGACAUCCUAGGGAAAAUGCUGGUCAAAACAGCAGUUAGGGAGCUGUACUUGGAUGGAAACAAUCUAGAAUGUAAAGGGUUAGUUAAUCUCAUCAGCUUGUGUGCGGAACAGGCUUUUUACGAGUCAACAAUGAGAGCAGAGGAGGCAGCCAAAAAACUCCAGGAGGAGGCUGAGAAAGCUGAACGAGAGAGUAAGCUUACCCCUCAACAAAAACGUGAGAGAGAACAGGGUUACAGAUCCUCGGGAUUAUCUGGGGAUGAAGAUGGUAUUGAUGGAAAGAAGAAAAAGAAAAAGAAAGGCAAGAAAAAGAAGAAGAAGGAGCCACCACCCCCGCCCGCUGUGGGACCCUGGAUCCACAAACUACAUGUAGCAGACAACGGGAUCGAUGGUCUCGCAUUCAAGAAAGAGUUAGCUCCCUUGCAAAUGAUCAGAAUUCUUAAAAAGCUGAUAAUGUUUUCCAACUGCUUUGAAGAGUUGGAUUUAGAGAAAAAUUUGAUUGGCGACAUGGCUGCAAAGGAAGUUUUAGAUGCAUUGGAGCAUAGAAAAGAGACUGAAAAGUUGGGAGGUUGUAAGGUGAGAGUCACCAGCCGGAUAAAGAAGGACACGUUUGAUGGUAUCCUAAAACUUGGCUCUGGUCUCAAGAAAAAGAAGAAAGGAGGCAAAAAGAAAAAGAAAUAGUUCAGGAUUACUGCUGUAUCCCAGUAUACAACUGAUAAAAACAUGGAGGUGAAAAAGGUCAUCUGUUGCAUGAAUACAGACUCUUAUUCAUGGAUGCUUGGAUUGAAGGUGUACAGACCAUUGCUUUAUAAACAAAACGCCUACAAACCUCAGAAAUACUUUGUCCUCACCAAAGACGUCAUUGUGUGCAUUAUUAGGUAUCCAUUGUGAUGUUUGAGCAAAAAUACAUUUAUGGACAUUUCUGCAUCAUCUUGAUAAUAUAGGAUACAUGUAUCUCUCUAUAUUUGGUUAGAACAGGGUUUAUGCAUGUUCAUCCAUUCAUUGAUAUCACAGCAUUAUGGAAGAUAUCAGAAUCUAGUCAUGUAAGGAAAUCUAUUUGGAAAACAUAUCAUUCUGUUAAGGAGGCGGGGUGUUCAAGAAAUCACCCAUCAGUUCUACCUUAUACUGUAAAUUUGAAAGUUGAACACUGUAAUUUUUUAAGCUACAAACUAUUAUCAAGUAAAGAAAAAAUCGAUAUGUUUUAACUGUAGAAUUUGAAUGUUUUUCUAUAUCUUUAUAUAGAGCUCUUUGUUUAAUGAGAUACAUAUGGUCAAAAAUUGGCCAUGACCCUUAAGCCCUCUUAAUGUUUACUUUUAAGUUUUAUCGAAGGAUUAUUGUUUCUGUAUAGGCAAAACUGAUCAGCUUUAAAAAUGAUUUUCUGCACCUGUACUUUAUGAAUCAUUAACCAAAUUCGAACGACAAAACUUUGCCAUUGAACUAGUGGAUUAAACAAUUAUUAUACCUCAGUAUGCUUAUGUACACAUUGUAUAAAAUUAAUGUUGAAAUUUAUUUAAAAAAAAACAUUUUCUUUUCUGUACGAAUUUUAGAAGUUAAUUUAUUGUAAUGUUAUUUUCAAGUUUAUGGGGGCAAAAGUAACUUUAAAGUUGCCAGUUUUUAAGGAAGCUCUUAUUUGUAUUAUAUUCUGUAGUGAACACUCACAAUUGGUGCUUUAUUCGCAAUUAUGUACGUAAAUUUUUUAUCUAAAUGUAUAAUUCUUCAUACAUUUGACCAGUAGAUCUCAUGGUAUCAUCAAAUAUGUUUUUGUAUUCAACAUACCGUAAGCAAACUAAUAUAGUAUUUGUUCUGUAACAUGUAUUGUUAAUGAAGUAGCCUGUUUGUAAGCUUUUACAGUAGAUGUGUUUUAACAAUAACAUUACCUCAAAUUGGACACUUUACAAAUAAUUUGUUAGUAUAGCAAUAUGAGUAUUUGAAUACGGUUAAUUUAUGUGGAAUAUUUGCUGUGAUCUUUGUCCAUUUUAUUGAUUUGAAUUCUGAGAGAGAGAGAGAGAGAGAGAGAGAGAGAGAUGAGACUUUCAAUGAUGAUUGACCAUGUUUUUGACUUUUUGAUACAUUGUUUCACUGUUUUUCUAUUUUGUAGUGUAAAUCUAAUGUUAUCUUUAUAAUCUUAUCAAUUCUUUUGAACCUCUGUGAUAUACGCGUUACAUGUACUACAUGUGUAGUAUGUUCUUUCAAAUAUUGUUUAAACUUUUAAUAAAGAUAUGAAAUUUAUUUAAAUAAAUAAUUAAGUCUUAUUUUUUAAA